CACGAAGUAAGCAGCUCUUUCCUUAUUUAACCUCACUUUCCCUUCCUCCUUACUCACACUUCUCACACUUUCCAUUACUCAAUCUAUGCACUAAACUCCUGGUGAAAUAAUCUGAAUUCUUGCCAUGGAUCGGUCCUCCUCUGUCAUAUGCUGCUUAAUUGCAUUCGCAAGCUGUUUUCAUAUGAUAAGCUGCAAUAUCACAUGCCUGCAUCAUGAAAGAGAUGCUCUUCUUUCUUUCAUGAAUAAAUUGGAUCCUGCAUUUUUAUUGCAUUCAUGGCAGGGCUUUAAUUGCUGCGAAUGGAGGGGAGUGGAAUGUAGCUCCCACACCUCAAAUGUUGUCAAACUUCAUUAUUCCAGUGAUCUUUGGUCUGAUGAGAGAAAUAGCACGCUUCGUACAGAUUUGUUCCAAUUAAAGCGGCUGCAGCAUUUAGAUCUAAGCUUCAAUUCCUUGAGUGGUGUUCUACCCAAAGGUCUAUUUGCCUUGCAAGAAUUGAGACAUCUAGAUUUGAGUUGGAACUAUUUUGAAGGUGAAAUACCAAAGCAAUUUGCCUCCUUGCACAAUUUAGCUUAUCUCAACUUGUCCAGGGCCGGGUUCAAUGGUACAAUUCCCUACCAAUUGGGGAAUCUCUCUCAGCUGGAAUUUUUGGACCUAUCUGUUUUAGAGGUGCAUAAUUUUGGAACAGAAUUUGUUGGAACAGAAUUUGUUGGAACAGAAGUGCACAGCCCUAGUUUAGUGUGGACAGAAAAACUGCAAAAAUUAAAAUACUUGUCUCUUAGUGGAGUGGUGCUGAAUAUGACAGGAAAGCAAUUGGAAGCAUCCCUUUCUCAUCUCUACAAUCUCCAACAACUGCACCUUUUAGAAUGCAUGCUUUCAGGACACAUUCCCAAUGCUAUCCAAAACCUCUCAUUCCUCACCCACCUCCACUUGGGUCACAAUAACUUUGAAGGGCCGGUACCUUUGUGGUUAGGAAAUUUGACUACUUUGGUUUCUCUUUGGUUGCAUGAGUGUCCAUUAUUAAGUGGUUCGUUUCCCUUGAGUCUCUCUCGUCUGCCUACUCUAAAAGAGUUUAUAUUAGGGGGAGAAAACUUAAUUAGUGGAAACCUAAGUCAAAUAUUAUGUGGGGAAUGGUCUCAACUCAAUGUCCUUUUUCUUUCAGGGUCUAAUAUGAAAGGAAGUAUGCCACCUUGUAUUGCAAAUAUUUCUUCUCUCAUUUAUCUUAGUUUGAGAGAUAUGAAGAAUAGGGAAGGCCCAAUUCCUUCUUCUAUUGGUAAUCUUUCUAUCUUGCAAACCUUGGUUCUUUAUGACAAUUCGUUGAAUGGAGAGAUUCCACCAUCACUUGGUAAAAUUCAAUCUUUGACUUAUUUAUAUCUUUCUUCCAAUUGUUUAACUGGAAAUAUACCUUCUGAGUUGGGCAAUCUUUCCUCUUUGGUGGAAUUAGACCUCUCCUUAAAUUUCUUGAGUGGAAAUAUACCUUCCGAAUUGGGAAAACUUUCCUCUUUGGAGUCUUUAUAUCUCGACUACAAUUUAUUGAGUGGAAAUAUACCUUCUGAAUUGGGAAAACUUUCCUCUUUGAAGUAUUUAUAUCUCGACUCCAAUUUAUUGAGUGGUAAUAUACCCUUCCAGCUAGGGGAACUAUCAUCUCUAUAUUUUCUUGGGCUUAGCGACAAUCAACUAAAUGGUAGCAUUCCUAUUUCAUUUGGAAGUCUUACUAGUAUUUCAAGUAUUUAUCUAUCUUUAAACAAUCUUCAAGGAAAUCUUUUUCUCAAUGUUUUUGAAAAUUUGACUAGGCUUAAUUCACUUGAUCUAUCCUACAAUGAGUUGACUGUCAUCAUCAAACCAGAUUGGGUGCCCACAAUUUACUUUGAUGAGCUAUACUUAGCUUCAUGUAAUAUUGGGGGUAUUGUUCCACCAUUCCUUUCCACACAGUAUAGAUUGUUUGAGUUGGAUCUCUCCAAUAAUAGUCUAUUUGGAAAUAUUCCAGAUUGGUUAGGGAUGCUUCCUUAUUUGCAAAGUCUUAACUUGUCAUACAAUAACUUGCAAGGUCAUGUUCCCUCCAAUUUGAUUAGAAGAGAUCUUUGGACUAUCGACUUACAUAGUAAUAUGUUACAAGGUGCUCUUCCUUUUUCUUCAGUACCAACAUCAAACAUGCAACUAUUGGACUUGUCUCAGAAUAGAUUCACAGGAUUUAUUUCAAUGGAUAUUGGCAAUCUUCUACCAGCAAUUCAGUUUUUGUCAUUUUCAGCAAAUGAUCUAAGUGGUGAUAUACCUUCUUCAGUUGGUCUUCUGCAAUCUUUGGAGGUUUUAGAUCUCUCAAACAACAAAUUGUUUGGUAAAAUACCAUCGAGCAUAACUAAUUGCUCUAGUUUAACAAGAUUAAACCUAGCAAAUACUGGUUUAAUGGGAGAGAUACCAUAUCAUAUGGGAAUGUUAAGUGAACUCAGUUCACUUCAUCUUGAUGGCAAUAUGUUGAAGGGAAACUUGCCAUCAAGCCUUAAAAAUUGUUCUAGCUUGCAAAUUUUAGAUUUGGCUAACAAUCUCUUUUCUGGGAACAUACCAUCUUGGUUAGGCCAGUUCUCUGAAUUGAUGAUACUUGUUUUGAGGUCAAAUAAAUUUGAAGGGCACAUUCCACAUCAAUUGAGCAAUUUGUCAAGCCUCCAUGUUUUAGACAUUUCACAGAAUGGUUUGAUUGGUUAUAUCCCACCACAAUUAGCAGCAUUGAAAAGUAUGAGGAAUUCUACACUGGGAAGCUCACAUGACAAUGAUGGUACCUCCUAUUAUUACAAAGAAGAGAUCCAAGUGUUCAACAAAGGAUUAGAAAUGGUGUAUGUCAGUUCAGUGAUGCUACUUAUAACUUGCAUUGAUCUAUCUGUAAAUAAUCUAACAGGUGAUAUUCCUUCAGUAAUUGGGAAUCUUAAAAGUCUCCACACAUUGAACUUAUCAGAUAAUGGUCUUACAGGAGAGAUUCCAAGAAGCUUUGGAUUACUUACAGAGUUAGAAUCACUUGAUCUCUCAAACAAUAAACUGCAUGGAAGGAUUCCAAAUGAAAUGCUACAAGUUUCCUUUCUGAGUUUUUUCAUUGUAUCUAACAACAGGCUUUGUGGAAAAAUACCAGAAGGAAGACAAUUUAAUACAUUCAAUUCUACUUAUUUUAGUGGGAACCAUGAUCUUUGUGGAUUCCCAGUUAACAACCAAUCAUGUAGAUGUGGAGAGAGGUCAAAUCCUAGCAUACCAACUCCUCUUCUUAAGAAAGAAGAUGAUGAAGGAGAAGGAAUUCCAUGGCAUUGGUAUGUAGAGUGGAUGGUAAGUGUUUCUAUUGGAUUUUGGGGAGUGUUUGGAAUCUUGGCUACAAAAAGGAAUUGGAGGAGAAGAUUCAUUCAUGUAUUAGAUGAGAUGGCAAUUAGUUUAUUGAGUAGAUUGACAAAUAGAUAAUAGUGAAAAAUUGUAAAAUCA